AUGCCAGGGACACGCAGCAGCGAGGAGGCAGCAGAUGAUGAUGAUGAAGGAGACGAAGAAGACGAAGGAGACAGCAAGGAGACAGAUAAGAGCAGCAGCAGCAAGGAGACAGGAAAGAGCAGCAAGAGCAGCAAAGAGAGCAGCAAGAGCAGCAAGGAGACAGCACAAGAGGAGGAGGAUGAUGAUGACGACUCAGGGGACACAAAACACAGCAGCAGCAGCAGCAAGAGCAGCAGCAGCAGCAAAGAGGAUGAUGAUGAUGAGGAGGAAGGAGGGGAUAAAAAAAAGAAUAAAGAAGGAGGAAGAAAAAAAGGAGACAAAGGAGACACUAAUAAGGAGGAAGAAGAAGAAGAAGGAGAAGAAGAAAAGGAGACAAAAGAAGAAAAGGAGACAAAAAAAAGAAAACAUAAAGAUGAUGAUGAUGACGAGGAAGGAGGAACGAAGGAAGGAAACAGCAGCAGCAGCAGCAGCAGCAGCAAAGAUGAUGAUGAAGGAGACAACGACAGCAGCAGCAGCAGCGAACCCGCAGACGGAAAACCAGGUAUAACCCCUAACUAA